AUGAGCAAUUGGAACUCUGGACCCGAUCCGCUGGAAUUUGUGAUACCAGAUGAGCCAGCUGGUUCACAAAACACAUCGACUAGAGCAGCUUCUCAGCAACAACAAGCAUCUUCACUGUUCUCGUGGACACCGAAAGUCGAUCUCUCGUCUGCGUUUACGCCUUUCACCAAAUCCUCCCAGUUUCAGCAGAAUAACACAAUCAGAGAACGCCAGUACACAGGCGGAGACACCUUGGAUGAGCCUGUUUGGGAAACUUUAAAAAGAGACUUGCUUCAGAUCUGGAGAAGAUUGGCGGUUGUUGUUUGGCCAGCGCAGUUGCAACAGAUGGCUUCUAAGAACCAGCGGAAGUUGCUUGAUUUUGCGUCCAGCAAUGGUGUUAGGUUGCCGUCUCUGAUGGUCCAUGCGACCAGUGUGCCUGAGGACGAAGAAGAUCACCAAAGUCUGGAUGAAAUGACUGCGCUAGAUUGGGACCUUUGGGGACCCCUUGCAUUUUCGUUGGCGUACUCGGUCACCAUGGGUCUUUUGGCACCAAAAGCUCAAACGAAUAUUGUCUUUUCAGGUACCUUCUCAUUUACGUGGCUUUUUUACUUGGUUGUUGGCUUGAACAUACAGCUUUUGGGAGGUACCAUUUCGUUCCUUUCUGCCAUCUCAGCUACUGGCUACUCAAUGUUUCCCUUGGUAGUGGGCGCCCUUGUCAACGGAAUCCUUAUAAAGUGGAGAUUCAUUCGCUUGAUCAUUAUGUUCGUGUUGAAUGCCUGGAGCGUCUACGCAGCAACAAUGAGUCUAAGGUGCCUGGGCGUGCUCCCAGGAAGAGUAUUUUUGGCUAUAUAUCCAGUGGCGUUGAUGUACGCGGUGCUCAGUUGGCUAGUUGUUAUUACAUAA